AUGGCUGCUGUUGGUGCUGCCACUACUCUACGUCAAGCCGGUGCUUAUUAUGGUCGAAGUUUACCUCGUCGUGCUGUAUUAACAGUACCUUCAAGUGAUUGGAAAAAAUUAACAAAACUUCCAACAUUUACAAAUACAGAUUGUGUUGUACUUGAUUUAGAAGAUGGAGUUGCCGAUACAGCAAAACAAACAGCACGCGAAAAUAUUUUUCGUUAUUUAAAUGAGUCAGCAUCCAAAAUUAAUCGAGAAAUAUGUGUUCGUAUUAAUUCUAUGUCAUCUAAUCAUAUUAAUGAUGAUGUUAAACUUUUAAAAGAUUUAUCAACAUUAAUUGAUUGUCUAUUUGUACCUAAAGUUGAUUCAAUAGAUGAAAUAAAAUGGCUUGCUGAUCGUCUUGGUUCAAAUCGUCAAUAUAAUCUCGUAUUGUAUUGUGAAAGUGCACAAAGUUUAGUUGAUCUUCGUUCAAUUCUUACAAGUGCUUCGAAUUUAUUUCCAUUACAAGGUGUUGUUUUUGGUUCUGAUGAUUUUUCAGCUGAUGUUGGUAUUAAUGGUCGUUAUUCACUUGAUGCAUAUGAAUUAACUUAUGCAAGACAAAAAUUAGUAACAAUAUGUCGUUUAUUUGAAAAUGCUCAACCAAUUGAUAUGGUUUAUAUUAAUUUUAAAGAUUUAGAUGGAUUAAAAAAACAAUCUGAACAAGGUGCUGCUUGGGGUUUUACUGGUAAACAAGUUAUUCAUCCUCAACAAGUACCAGUUGUUCAAACAGCAUUUUCACCAUCAGAAUCAAGUAUAAUAUGGGCUAAAGAAUUAAUACAAGCAUAUGAAAAACAUGAAAAAGAAGAAGGCAAAGGAGCAUUUACAUUUCGUGGUCAAACAAUGGUUGAUAAACCAUUACUUCGACGAGCUCGAUAUAUUUUAAAUAUGACUCGAUGA